AUGGCGACGAAGAAGAUUAAUCGGCGCAAGAAGAGAGCUGCACUACCGCUUCCUAUGUCCCAAGGUCAAGAUAACAUGAAACGCACAGCUGAUUCUAUCGAGAACGACCCCCCGGUGACAGCCGCAACCGCUGCCACAGAAACCACCCAGUACAAUACAGCGAAGCGCAAGGACAUCGGGGCCCAGGAGGACAGCUUAAACCUUACGAUGGACGAGACCUGCCUCGACAAGCUGAGAAAAAGAUUAUUUAACCGGCCCCGCGUUUCAUUCCCUCCUCGUCCUCCCGCUCCGUUUAAGAUCGGCUAUGACGGUACGAUCCGUCCUUCUUCACCCCAGGAGAUCAUUAGGUACGAGGGCGUGGCUUCCUUGGUUCGUCUCAGUAGCAAUGCCAUCACCGCAAUGCGCGGGGAGCUCCACCAGGGCUAUCCUUUUACGCAAUCGGUUGUCCGUGGCGAGCAAACCAUAACGGCGGGAAAAAGACGCCUGAUGACGGACAGAGGCAAUGUUCAGAAGCGAAUUGCGCCCAGGCUGCGUGACAGGGCCCGUCACGUGGCGAACUUGGGCAACUUGUCGCAGGAAAUCAAUAAUUUCCCAGCCCCGCUGCCCAGGGAGGACGAGAAGCAGGACGCUUGUAAGGAUGAUGAGUUGAUCAGCAUGCGGGAGCAGCUGGAGAGAGUCAGUCAGGCUCAUGAGCGCCUUCAGAAGAUGAUCGAACCUUUCCAGAACAAGUAG